AUGGAUUUCUACCUUCGAUGCAAUUCCCUCAAAUGUCGAGCUCAGCUGAAAGAGAGAGCAGUCGUCACGACCUGCUCCAAUCUAGGUCUUUCACAUCCAACGUCAGUCGACCGUCGUUGCCCAGCCUGCCAAACCAUCCUCGUCAAUCCAGACGAUGCGGUAGCCACCAUCCUCAACCCGUCCGAAGACUACAAGACGAGCGUGCUCAGCGGACUGGACCCGAACACGAUCAUGGAAUGCGCCGGCCGGGCCCUGCUGUUCUGGACGUACCAGACCACCCAGGAAGUGUGCGCGUUGUUCCUCGCCCCAGCACGUAAGAACCUCCUCGAGACCCCAUCGCUAACAGACCACUCUUCCAGCUUCUACCAAGAGUUCCUCGGAAAGACCCUCACCGAGAAAUACACCAACCUCAACACCCAGAUGGACAAGGUCAUCCACAACGCCAACUCGGAGAUCUCCGCCCUACAAGCACGAAUAUCCGACAUGCAAACGACGCAAGACCAACUCCGCAAAAAGAACCAAGAACUCGUCGACAUGUAUCGCGAGAAAUGCACCCGCUUCACGCAGAUCACCAACCUGUACAACUUGUUGAAAUCGCGCGCCAUGAAGUCGCAGAUGCAGACCGCGGCGACGGAUUCGGUCCAUCAGACCUUGAACUCGCUGCCUCUUCCUCCUCUGGCGCAGUCACAGUCACACCAGAGUAACGUACUGCCACCGUCGCCGUUUACCGCUAUCGCUACCGCUACAGCUUCUGGUGCUGGUGUUGGUGCAGGUGCAGGUGCAGCUCCCCCAAUGCACAUGCUCACGCACACGCACACGACACUGGGAUCCUCGAUGCCCCCGCAGACGCCAUUGCACCGGUACCCGGUCGACCGCGAGGGCGUGGAACAGCUGCAUCGCCACCAACGCAGUGGAACGGGAAGCUCGAAGGGGGCGGCGACGCAGAACCAGAAGCAGAAACAGAAAGCGGAUGCGGUGGCUAUGCCUCCGCCGCUGCCGCCGGGGCGGUUACUGGGGGACCCGCGACAUCGCGAGACGACGAGUACACAGCACCGCACCCGGCUAGGUGGCGGAAGUGGAGGCGGCGGCUCCAGCACGCGCCCAACGACCGGGUCCUCGACACUCCCGCACGACCGCGUGCUGCUCGCUCGGUUCGGAGCCGACGACGGACCGAAUAAUCCUUUUCUUGUCGGUGCCCCUACAGCCAGAGACAGAGACAGGGACGGGGACUUACUGUCCAGAGGCGACGGAGGACAUCUGCGCCAUGCCGGCUAUCCCGGGGAGCCUCCGGGCGUGAGGCCAUACUUCGACAGUACGGGGCUGUAG